UGUCACUACAUUUCCCGGCAUGCUUCGGGGAUCACUUCCGGCUAGCUGGGUGCGCAGGAGCAGGAAGGGAGUCUGCGUGCCAGGGACGGCUGUGAGUGCAUCGCGUCUUGUUGCCCCCCGGGCACCGUGUCAUGCCCCAGGCACCCCGGGACCAUGUUCGUCCAGGAGGAGAAGAUCUUCGCCGGGAAGGUGCUCCGGCUCCAUGUCUGCUCUAUGGAAGGGGCCGAGUGGCUGGAGGAGGUCACUGAAGACACCACCGUGGAGAAGCUGAAGGAGAAGUGUCUGAAGCAUUGUACUCACGGCAGCCUGGAAGAUCCGAAGACCCUAACGCAUCACAAGCUGAUCCACGCCUCCUCGGAGCGGGUGCUGUCCGACACCAAAACCGUUGCCGAAGAGAACGUGCAGGACAAAGAUGUCCUGCUAUUGGUCAAAAAGCGAGCCCCUCCACCGCCACCCAAGAUGGCUGAUGUGUCGGCCGAGGAAAAGAGGAAGCAGGAACAGAGCGCUCCGGACAAGGAAGCCAUACUCAAGGCCACGGCGGGCUUGGCCGCUCACAACACGGAUCACACAGUCGCGCAGCACAACAUGCGAGAUUUCCAAACCGAGCUGCGGAAGAUCUUGGUGUCGUUAAUUGAAGUUGCGCAGAAGCUGCUGGCCCUGAACCCGGAUGCCGUGGAACUCUUUAAGAAAGCUAACGCCAUGUUGGACGAGGAUGAAGAGGAUCGAGUGGAUGAAGUAGCACUGAGGCAGUUAACGGAGAUGGGGUUCCCAGAAAGCCGGGCCGUCAAAGCCCUCCGAUUAAAUCACAUGUCGGUAACACAGGCCAUGGAGUGGCUGAUCGAACACGCGGAUGACCCCACGGCUGACGCCCCUCUUCCAUGCGAGAAUUCCUCCGAGGCGGCAGGAGGCUCCGCGUCUGGUGACGCCGACGCUGCAGCCAGCCUAGGAGCCGCCGCCGAGGACCCCAAAGACGAGCUCACUGAAAUAUUUAAGAAAAUACGAAGGAAAAGGGAAUUCCGCCCGGAUCCCCGUGCUGUCGUCGCGCUCAUGGAAAUGGGGUUUGAUGAAAAGGAGGUGAUAGAUGCCCUGCGUGUGAAUAACAACCAGCAGGACGCAGCAUGCGAAUGGCUGCUGGGAGAUAAGAAGCCGUCGCCGGAGGAUUUAGACAAAGGAAUUGAUACCUGUAGCCCUCUGUUUCAAGCCAUCCUCGACAACCCGGUAGUGCAGUUAGGUCUGACCAACCCUAAAACACUGUUAGCGUUUGAAGACAUGCUCGAGAACCCUUUGAACAGCACCCAGUGGAUGAAUGACCCGGAAACCGGGCCUGUAAUGCUUCAGAUCUCUAGGAUUUUCCAAACCCUAAACCGCACGUAGGGCCGGCUGUCCCCGGAGGGAACGUCCUUCUGCGGGGUCUCCCGGAACUUGGGGGACUUUUAGGAAGGGGAGGGGUGGGGGCACCGAGCGGGAUAACCGCAUCCCUUCAUUCUGCUCUGGAGCGUCGGCCUGUACGUUUUUAUUAACCCCCGACAGAGAAGGCGAGGUGACGACGCCGCCGCGCUAGUAAACUGUGGAAUUUUCGCUUUAUCGGUUCAAACAAUAACACCAAAUUAUCGGGGUUUACGGCAAAAACAGAAAUGAGAGAGUUUGCAGGCGAGUCAACGUUGGGAAAGGGUUAAUCUCGGAAGAAGGCCCCCCAUUCGAUCUUCUUAAAACCGAUUUCAGUUGGUGAGACUUCUUGAAUGUCUUCAGCGCCGCUCCCCUGCAAACUCGCUCUUUAGUGAAUAAACCCCACAAAAUAUCCCGCGCCGUCCCCCCCUCCGAGAACACGCGACAUAUCAUCUCCUUUUUGGUGGCGCCGUACGAGGGGAAGGUGGGGCAGCGGAAAUUUUAUCACAUCCUACACUGUUGAGGGAUCCAGAAAAAUAAAGAACCAGAUAUUUAACGUCCAA